AUGCCUCGCAUUGCGAUCGAUUUACCUGUUGUAAGUACCCCCGUCGACGGCUGGCAUGCCAGGAAAGAUUUGUUUUUGCUCGAUCCAACGUUCAACAAAACUGGUGCGAUCGAUAUGCUUCUCGGUGCAGAACAUUUCUUAACAUUUGUAAACCCUGGUACUAAAUUUAUUCAAGCUGAAAACCCAAUACCAAUCGAUAGCGUGUUUGGGUGGAUCGUUACCGGCACUCGCUGUUUUCCUGUAGAAUCGCAUCCCGUAUUAUGUCACCUCACACUUAGCGACCCGCUGCAAGAUGCCCUUGAACACUUUUGGCGAGUAGAAGAGCUAGGAAAUCAACCCAGUUACUCUGUAGAAGAACAGCAGUGCGAAUCGAAUUUUUUAUCUACCGUAUCACGUACACCCGAAGGAAGGUAUAUUGUCCGCCUGCCCCGCCGUUCCAAUUUCGAUCACAUGCUUGGUGACUCUAAAACAACAGCCCUGCGUCGUUUUCAUUACCUAGAGAGGCGACUUAGUCAAGAUCCAAAUUUGAAAAUUCAGUACCACUCGUUUCUGUCUGAAUAUUGGUCGCUCGGCCAUAUGAGGUUGGUACCGUCAACCGAACCCGAACCAUCGUUAGUACAUUAUUUACCGCACCAUGCCGUUCUGAAGGAAUCUCGCUCCACCACAAAAGUUCGUGUGAUAUUCGACGGAUCCGCAAAAAUAUCGACCGGAUAUUCGCUACAAAUUGGCCCUAUCGUUCAAGACGAAUCGUUCAGUUUAGUACUUCGGUUCCGCAAGUAUCCCAUUGCCCUCGUGGCGGACAUUGAAAAAAUAUACCGUCAAGUGUUGCUCAACCCCAAAGACGCACCGCUCCAACGCAAAUUUUGGCGAUUUAAUUCCAACGAUCCAGUUUCCACCUUCGAAUUACAAACGGUAACGUAUGGCCUGUCUCUGUCAUCAUUUUUGGCUACCCGAAGCUUACAACAACUGGCAAUAGAUGAAGGUAAUCUCUGUCCACUCGGCGGACCAGUCUACUCACACUCGAAUGGUUACGAUCACCUCCACAUGCAUGGAGCACAUUCAUUGCUAAUCGAGUCUCCGAAAUACAAACCUGCACCCAAGGAUCACGCUGGCAUCACAUCGCAGGUAAACACAAUCCAGCAGAUCUCAUCACGAGAAGCAUGA